AUGAAUUCAAAAGCGGUGUGCACCAGUGAGUGCGCCGCCGGUAUCUUAGUUUGUGUUAUUUCGGAAUUGGGGAAGUUUCGCUCGAACGGUUUUUACGCCUAAUAUUUGUUAACAGCGUAAUCCUAUGUUCUUGUGUGAAUGGUCUCCUUGGAAAAGAUUAUGUGGAAAACUCAUGAUUUUGGGCAAGCGUCGAAAAGUAGUUAGCGGUGGCGUUUUCCACUGAAAUGUUCCUUAAUUUUCUCAGAAAAUAGAAUGCCGACUUGGGAUAAAUCCUUCGGCUCAAGGCCUUUCAGGUUCGGUCCAUAGUCGAGAUGAAUAUUCGAACCGACACUCACCAACUACAGGUGUACCAGCCAGUGGGCCGAAACACUCACUUGCAUCACUGUAGCUGCAGAAAAUCGGCGAAAUAGGUGUUGACGCCUUAAACUAGUACCCGUGCUGGCAAGAUCGUAAACAUGAGGAGAGACGGAAAACGUGCAGUGGAACCCAAUUUCGAAGAUGUCUAUGCGCCCGUGAGAAAAGUGUACAAGGAGUGCGAUUGCAACGUUUGGGAUGUGUGCAAUGCCUUCGUGCACGUCGAUGCUGCUGCCCAGUCAUUAUUUAGCCGUCAACUAUUACCAACACUGCCUAUAUCUCCGCAUAUCCGCAUUACACUCUUAAUUAUUGUCGGCGUUUUGCUGCAGCAUGACAUGUCAUGACAUCAAAACUCGAACCACGACGAAGCGUAUUGAAGAAUGCUGAAACAAACCAAAGCAGCGGUCCCGUUUAUUGAGUUGUUCUCAAGUUGAACGCUUAUAUAUUCAUUUAUAUGAGACGCAAGAUCAGCGGUUUAGGUAUUUGUAGUUGAACAUCUCGCCACUGGAAUACACUUCUGCUACUUUCCCCUACUAUGGAUUCAUAAAUAUUAUUGUAUGCUAAUUUUUGUCAUACAUAUUCAUAAUACACUUUAAUAUCCUAUAUGGUUUUUUUAUUACUCACUUCCCUAUCUUAUUCCCUGUACUACUUCUGUCUGCGUAAGACAAACUCAUGAAAAAUGGGCUGCCCAGCUUUUUAUGGUUUGAAACCCCCUCCGAAUGAGUAGAAGUUCACGGCGCUCGUUUACAGCAGCCGUAAUCGAAAAGUUGGGCUAGGGGGUAUGGGUUUAAUCCGUCUAAUGGCGUUUUUUUGGUAGGCCAUGGACGUUAAACUUAAUUCUUAUAAAUCAGUGGUUCACAGUAGCGGAGACAUUGCCAGGAUCAAAAAAGACAACCCCCUAAUUAUCGAUUCCUCUGCGCGAGGUUUCCUCUACAUUCGGGAAAUUAAUGAGGCACAACCUGCCCUUGGGCACCCAGUGUUGAUUACGAAUGAGAUUUUGUUCUGUCAAAGCUCAUAGUUAGUCCCCAUUGUUUUGCACGCGAUAAACGCAUGCAAGUCCUUUCAGGCCGUGUUUAGAUAGGGAAAUAACUUGGAUCUGGCGGCACUUCCUUAAACCUACAUCCGACUUGAAACCAGCGUUAAAUUGGUCGCAUAAGGGUUACGUAAGUGGCAAGGAGUCUAAUUCUAGGCCAAGAUGGAUUAACAUGCACGUGUUACAUAUUUCGCCUGGUAACUGUUCUAGGAUCGAGGGAGUGCUAGUUCUACUGCCCACGUGACAUUGAGAAACGGAGACCCUGCUGCCUAUCAUGGCCGGACGGAUAGUUCCAUUCAUGGGAUUCUCGACGGUUCUAGGAGGAACUACGAUCAAAUAUUGGGACUGUUCAGUAAAAAAUUUCCGAAGAAAGCAGAAUUCGUACAAGUCUUGUGUGGACACCAGUAUCUUGACAUUGUAGGAAGGUGUUUGCUAUUAUCAAGCUCUUUUGACCCUCAGAAUGUGGUGCCGAGGGUGAAUGAGUUUCCUAAGAAAGUUAGUUUGUUCGUCAACGCUGUGCAGGCCAGUGUUCUCUAAGUGCAUUUCUGACCAAAAUAGGACGCUCCGCGGGACUAAUGAUUGCCAAUUGAAGAAGUGGACGGCCUUAAAUAUUUAGGGAUGAGUCUGUUGCUAAGUGCAUAAGGUGGAGAAGACGUUGCCAUAGUCGAUUUCGCUCUCAAGCUCCCCACAAGCCUUGGAAUGUCUAGAUGGGCUUGCUUCUCGCCUUCCUUCUCCUCAAAAGUGUGUAUGAAGCAUCCGCCCAUUGCAUAGUUUUUACGGUUGUUAAUGUGAAAACCUAGUCUAUUGUGCACAGACACGACUUGUAUGGAAGGCCACUGCGGUCGGCCGGCCUCCAGCGGCUGUUAUUGAAUGCACACUCGGGUAAAACUGGAUGGGUGUACAUUGUGUUGGUGGUUUUGAACGUCGGUCCCUAGGCCUAACGACAUUCCAUGAUCGUUUCACUGUUAUAAGUCGCAGCAGCUAAUCCCGGUCUGUUUUUCCAGACCUUGCGAGAAAUAUGACCACAUGGUUGAGAUAAAUGUCCUUUACGGAGUUAGAAGGCUUCGUUGUCUACGAAGAAAUUGCUUCAAUAAACUCACUCAACAGCGCAGACUCCGAGGACAAUGAUUGCCUGGCAGCGGGCCAGUCGAAAAUAGUUCUCUAGCAUAUGUAGUCAUAUUGAGGCUACGAUAAGUUAGUAAAAACCGCAGUGAACUUCAAACCAAGUUAAGCUAUAAACAUACAAUAUAAGCAUUUUUGGAAGACAGAACAAGUAGGGCAGUCGGAGUGGGGUUCAGCUACCAGUGUACGUAGAUACAAUCACCCCUACGCCUAUUUUUCCCAGAGCAGCUAAGACCUUAUGAAAGAAUUUGGAUUCUAAUGUUACAUAAUUUGACGGGGUUCCAUUUACGUCCACGGUACGUAGGCAAACAGACUCUAAGGGGUUCCACAUGCAUUUAUAGACCGGCAGCAAGGUUGGUCUAGGUUCUUUGAGGAGACGCGUCUUUUAUUGUUGGCUCGUAGCCAACAGGCCGUCGUAUGAGCAAUUGAUUCAAGAUCAGUGCUGAAGCCGUUUUUUACCGGUUGAUAAGACGGUAGGUUACUCCGAUCUACCUGCGGCUGGUUGCAAGACCAGUGUUUCCCGAAUUCGGGAUUUGAUGGGUAUGUGGUUGUAUAGCAUCAGUAUUCUACAAAUACUGCAGUUUUUUCACGUUCAUUGUCGUCAUCCGCUGCAGUCUCUGCUGAUGGGUUGUAAAGUGGGCUCGAAACGUCAGACAAAUAAGAUUGUUGUGCCAGCGAUCGAGUCUCCUUCUCAAAUUCGAGAUUCCUGUUCAUGAAUGAUUGCAGAACAACUUGAAACCUAAUUCACUUGUGAGUCUCAAAUCCACGAGCAACAGACGGUGGACCGCAACUUGUUUUGCCACCCUGUGCGGCCGUCCGAACAAUACAUGGCGAUGUCAAUUAAUGUAAAUAAGACAUUGUGGACUGUCAGCCUCCAGGAGCUCAGCACCGCCAACUUCGGGCCCAGAACAGUUUAAAACAAAGAUGUUGCGGAAUCAGAGGGUACUAACAGUUGAUUUUUAGUCCUUCCCAGUAGUGCAGAAAUCGAGACUAGUGCACCAGUUUGCGACUGUCACACAAACAUGACCAUGGUCAGCGAACUUAACAGUAGAACACACAGUCAAAGGCGAGCUUAUUUACUUGGACUUUGGCAGGACUCUAUCUAAGUACGGCUAUCCCGGUAGUGCCGAACAAGAGGGUUUUUCUGUCGGCCUACUUAUGAAGAAUUAUGUUUGGCUUGUUGAACUGACAAGCUGGCCUAAAACGUCCUUCCCGCAUGUUGCAUAACGUCAAGAUAGAGAUGGGUUGAUCAGUUUGCAGAAUUUGGAUUUGGUCAUGGUCAUUUUGCGCAGCUUCUGUGACACCAAUUAAUUAUGGUUGUUAAAUUCUACGAAUAAACCUUUCUCAACACUGUGAACAGCAGUGGAUAGAUUGGGUUGGAAAUCCCCUUCUUACAUAUCGUAAAUAGUUAUAUUUCUAAUGCAGUAUAAAUUGUCUAGGAAAAAUACAGGAAUUUGAGACAAGCGCUGUGUAUGGUAAAGCAAUUCAGGAACUUGAGUAUGAAAGAGCGAAUUGCUCAAAAAUCUAAACCGAACGUCAGAGCUCCAGAGUUCGAAGCUUUGCAAGCGGCACUCUCUUGCAUGUAACACCUGAAGAUGGCAGACUUUACUAGUGUUCAUCGUGCACUUCCUUGCUCUUUUAAUUUUAUGCCUCCGCAGCGAAAGCCACUCUUCUUUAAUUCUAAAAUUCAGCAUUCUGGAGCUCAGAGGGUCGAGGAGAGUGUCCCAAAGCAUGGCACAAACUAGGUUCCCCUGAACUUCCUCCAAGCUCACCUUGGCAUUCCUUUCCGUUACCCGUUGUAGGCACUGCCAUGUUCGAUAACCACAUUCUGAAUAACGGUCGACCCCAACGCCAACGCAAGAGAGUUCAACGUCCAGGCUUUCUUACCUUGGAAUACGGGGAUUUUCCUUCCUAUUCGGUGAGUUCAAAUCUACGCGCCUAGGCCUCUUCAACCGUUCGACUGUCGCCUUCCAUAUACAAGUUUUUCCGUCAAAAAUAGUCGGAAAAUAGUCCAGUUGAAUUUCAUGUAGAUGGGUGGUUUUCGAAAACGGUGACUUAGCAUCCCCAUGGACACUGUCCUACCAGGGACGGCAGUCUUUCUGGUCGCCAAGCGCACCCACUCGACCGCACCGUAAAUACAUUCUUCCAAAUCAGUUCACUCUAAUUUGGACACACCGGAGUCUGCUUUCCCAAAUAUAACGGCACCUCUUGACCUCAUUUGUCACAAUAGAUCAUAGUACUCAGAUCUCAGAAGCUACGUGAUCUCGGCCCGUAUAAUUCAAUCCGAUAGUGAGCGGACCACACCGGGUCGCCUUAUCCCAUGGCAUGUGUGCUUCAAAGCGUCCAGUGUAUCAUUUAUGAAACGUGGGUUCACGCACCGUCUUCUACCAUCAUUUUCGGCAUUUUGCCGUCUUCCACCCCUGGAGGUGUCUGUUUAAUUAAUGCCCAAAUUGACCCGCGAACGAUCUGCAAGUGAAGGAAACUGUGAUUUUAGGAAGAAUUUCUAUUGGAUUAAAUGCUCAUUGAAUAGAGAACGAAUUCUGGAACUUAAUAUGCGUAUUUUUAUUCGCCCGAUUUUUGACGUCAUCUUCAUUAUUUGCUGGAGAUUUUUUCUUUUUGCAGGAAGAAAGACUUGCCAAGGAAGAAUCCCAUCUUCAAAGUUACCGAACAACACAGAAGGUAGUCCUACGUAGUCUGCCUGACAUUUCUACAUUGGCUUUAGAUUGUCGAACCCCCCCUGCCAAUUGAACGUGUAAGAUCUAUUUGGACUCAUAAGGCUGGUUUUAUGAAUAGCGUCUCUUUACGAGACGUGACUCUGAGCCCACCGAAAAUGGAUGGGCAAGCAACCCUGAUGCGCGGCGGCCCCGUCUAUUGAUUAAAGCCAAAAUAAGACAGUUGUCAUCAACGAGCCGGUCAGGUGUAUCGACAGGAGAAUCAGACAAAACACCUGAUGUGGAAACCCUUAUGGAGGCGAGAAUGGCAGGUUUGUCUUUCAGUCUUUACCACUGUAUGCUUCCAGGAGAGAGACUGCGUCCAACGCGUCACACAGAAGAAACUAGUUCCAAGGAGAUUGCUGCGGUUCCUGAGGAUAAGCGCCAUUUGUGUGAGUGCUGACCAAUUCAUCUACCUUCUUUGAAAAGACUUGUAUUUGCCGUCUUUUCCUCGCGUAUUUAACUUAUUGGUUCAGACAAGUUUAACAAAGUCAUAAGAUACGCUACUGAUAUUUCCGUUUUCAUACGGUAAAGACCUCCGAAUGAGUUUAGUGUACAGGUAUUUGUCGAAGCGCAUGUUUUGGAGCAUCUGUAGGUCAAUUUACAUUUCGAUCUCUUGAAACUUUCGAUUACUUGAAACUUUCUUGUACACCUGAACUCGUCUGUACAGUUUUUGGAAUAACCAAACCCAGUUGUGUGUGUGUGUGUUUUAGGUUAUUCUGUUAACUGCACAGAAGAGUUCAGAUGUACAGGAAAGUUUCAAGUGGGAAAUCGAAAAUGUACAUAGACCUAACACAUCGUAGGAAACAACUCUGAGCCCAAAAUCUGUCUGAAGUGAUCUGCCAAGUGCGGAAAACAAAACGCCUAUAAGUCGAUCAAGAGGAGAAACCACAAAAGGGCUAGCCUAAAACGUACCUUUCUGGGAAGUUUGGGAAUCACGCGUCUUACUUGCUAAAAAGCAACUUCUCUAAUUCUGCCGAAUCUGUGUCCCAAAACUUCCUAGGCAUAAACUGGGUGGGGACUUCCUCUAUCCGGCAGAGUUUCUUUCUCGUUUGGUAAAGCUUAAGUAUGUGAGUAUGCUGCUUGCGGUUGAUCUGCCAAAUGUAAGUUCUGCUUCCCAAGUCCAACAGUGUCAGCUGACCGGCUAUGUGAGCCUCCAGCGCAAAUUCCGAAACCCAGCCUUGGCAGGCGAUACUGUCCAGGUGGCCAGCUGAGAACUUGAGAUAUAAUUUUGUGGAACCAUAACUGAGAACUGGACGCUAGGUGGGGGCAGUUUCCAUUGACCAACUACAGCCUCUAUCUAUGAAAGAGGCUACCACUCCGUAUAGUCCUUAAUUUCAGUUAGUAGCGGUUAUUUUUUGGUUUCGACUUUAGAAGCUGGUACGACCAGAGAACUUAGGCCUUUGGACGGACACGAACUGUUGACGUCAGAGUCCGUUUUGACUACUUUAACCACCUGGACUGCUAGGCGUUGUCUGCCAACUGUAUAAAUAAGUAUGUUUCUUUUUGCAAGUCCGUCACGUGAACUGGCGCGUCUAGAAGCGUUUUGCGGAACAACCACCGGUUACCAUUUUCAGUGGGUGAAAAUGCUUCCAAGUCGUCUCUUACCUUUUGGAUCAUGUAUGGCAGGCGUAAGAAGGAUUGGAUCGCUGCAGUAUGUAUCUGCGUUCACCGUAUACGUAUCCUACAACGAGCUCUUAAGCACCCUUACGUAACAAUGACUUUGUGAGGUCAUGAACUAUUAUUAUUUUCUCAGUUGCGCAUUUCCUUAAAGGUUUGGAAGUUUAGAAUCUACUAGCGCGCCAUUGAAAUAGUGUAGGUCUUGGUUGGUUAAGUUACUUUCCGCCAGACAAACGCCCUUUUAUUCCUUGACGAAGACAUGCAUUGGCUAUUUGGAUGGUUAAUCACCAAUAUGCAAUUUCAUUCGUGCAGGCAUCGAGUGCGCGAAGUGUAAAAUUGCUUCCUUAAUUAAAGUGCUACUUUUUCAGAUUUGCGGCUGUAUACUUGCGAGACUUGUGGAAAGUCCUAUUCACAGAAGGGAAACUUGAAGGCGCAUGUGGAUGCCAUCCACAAAAGUAAGUUUCUUUUUCAUCACUGGCGUACGGUACAGCUCCCUAAAAUCGCCUAUAUCAUCCUUAAGAUCCUUUUCGGCUACCUUCUUAUAUUUAAGCAUAUAUUUUUCGAGUAGUUAUUAGUUGCAUGCUUGGUGAAAAACUGACUUAUUUACUGAACCGCGUCCAUUCCCCACUCCAGUCUGCUGACCGGCUCGGACAGCGGCUGGGGUGUGGAAGUGGGAAGGGAGAGUGAGGUCGACGACCCAGCGCACUUUCUCCUCACUAUAAACAAUCUGACGCGCUUGAAGCUAUCACGGUGCGCUAAAAGCCGUGGCUUGGAAGGUUGCCAACUGACGGGGUAGCUUGGACCUCCUCCUUGACCGGAGGCGGUCUGAGAGUCAGGCUGCAAUGGCUCCUUUUUAAUGUGGCCUUUAUGGCACCCACCACAGUGUGGGAUCCGAGCCAGGCGUUGGCGGCACGCCCAGGUGCGGCUUCGGCCGUGCCAGCCUCGAAAUCUCUGUUGUGUUGGUUGAAAUCCUGGUUAUUUGUUGUGCGGACCAGGGAGUUUGGUGGAACGCCAAGGUGAGGAUCCGUCCGAGCCAUCCACCUGCGGCCUCCCUCGUCUCCGGUCUUCUUGACUCUGUCUUGACACCGGGCUCGGGCGAGGGAGGAGGAGAGAGUAUAGGUAAAUGCUACGCAAGUCCACCGGCACUAUAAACCCCUGCGUAAGUCACCGUCCCGGCUCCCAUUGCUGCUGCAACUGUGGGACACACGGUGGACAUCAUCGAAACCGAUGGUCGAACUGUCAUCGCCAUCACUGAACAAGCCUUCCUUAUGGAAGAAAGGAGAGGGAGAGAGAGAGAGAGGGAGAUAGAGAGGGGGAGAGAGAGGGAGAGAGAGAGAGGGGAGAGAGAGGGAGAGGGAGAGAGAGAGAGGGAGAGGGGGAGAGAGGGAGAGGGAGAGAGAGAGGGAUGGAGAGAGAGGGGGAGAGAGAGCGAGAGCGAGAGAGGGAGAGAGAGAGAGAGGGGGAGAGAACGAGAGGGAAUGUAUAUGUUUCCCAAUAAUUCCGAAGUAGACACCAAGGCUCUAUGUUUGGAGCGACCUUUUUGCAUGCUUGUUUCAUAUGAGUAAGAGGGUUUAAUAGCGGCCAGCUGCAACUCGUCACAUUCGUCGGAUUUUCGGUCUGCUGCCUGUCGUAUCAGAUUGUUUUUCUGUCAUUGUGAGGAUUAGAGGCCGUCGUAUGACAGGGGGGAGUAGUUUUACCAGUAAACCCCACGCUUUCAUUUCCCCAGACAGAGCCUACUGACCCCAUGAUUUUUCGACUUGCUGGUUUCGGUAAGAGUUAGCACGGAAGGGGAAGUACGAGUAUUAGUGCUGAUUACUUCACGCCACCAAAUUAAGUAUGACAGGCUGUGUGCAGGGAACAUUGUAGGUUUGAUUGGGGGGUCAUGAGUCCAAAAAAGACACACCAGUGCCACCAGCACUAAUUUCUUGAUAUUGCAAGGGGAAAGAAAGCAAACUCCCCAUAUGCCUUGACUAGGGGGUGCCGCAGCAUUUCGUUUGCGGGGACUUCCAUAUGACAGUGCGAGGUAUUAGUAAAUCCGAAGUAAGCAAUGUUAACUAUGUGGCUGUCGCGUUGUGGUGUGUUCGUACCUCGGCUACUUUCCCAUGCACAUGUACCCAUCGUUGGUGCAUCCACCCUAUAGGUCCUGUCGAUUAAAGGCUUCUGUUGCGUGACCUGGUUGCAUCCUGGUGCUUACGCGUAACCCUGCUAAUUGUUGCCCUUACAAUCCUCUGUGAGAUGUCAGUCUGGGUUUCUAGUUUUUAUGAGAGGACCACAGGGCUUACACAGAAGCCCUGUUAAUUCGUCCCAGGAAUCUUUGUGAUGGAACUGACGCAAAACAGUCAAUUGAGGUUGGCUUUGGGACAUCAGCUAGAAGGUGGCGUAGGAUGUGGGCAUUGUGUGACGCAUUUGGUUUGUCCAGUGCCGUUUGCAAGAUCUCGUGCAGAACGAGUUCAACAACUGCUCGCCGCAAUCAUCGUGUGUCCGCGAAGAAUGCAGACGGGCGGGAUGGGACGUAGCUGUCGAAGAUAACAUGACACUUCAGCAGGAAUCCUGUGGAACUAACCGUCGAGAUCUGUUUGUCUUAGGGAAGAAGUAUGCUUUUUCCAGUUGUCCUCCAAGUCAGUUGAUGCAAAACUGCAGAGACUAGGUUGUUUCAAUGGCACAGUAUCCUGUCAACGCGCGCGCUUGCCCAACGGUUGGGCGCUUGCGUUGCUGGCAAUUCUUGGUCACGCGACCUUUUAACGGCAACUCCAGUAGCCAUCUUGGCAAACCUGCGCAUAGGAAAUGUAGGGGGGGAUCUGUGAGCAUUGGUUUAAUAGUUUUGUUGCCAAAGUUGAACUACCAACCAUACGUGCCGUAUCGUUUACUGUCAUCCAAAACGCCGGCCAUCUCUCAUUCUCCCAUCUGCAUUCAAGUGAACAGUCUUAACGAGACCUCCUCCUCCUCCUCCUCCUCCUCCUCCUCCUCCUCCUCCUCCUCCUCCUACUCCUACUCCUACUCCUCCUCUCCCAGCACUAGAUAG